AUGCCAAGUUAUGCGCCCUCAAUCUGUCGCAAGCGACGUGCAACCGAUAAUGGUAAUGAUAAUGGUUAUGGUAGUGGUAAGAGUAAUGGUAAUCGUAAGGGUAAUGGUAAUCUUAAGGGUAGUGGUAAUCUUAAGUGUAAUUGUAAUCUUAAGGGUAAUGGUAAUGGUAGCGGUAAAGUAAAUCACAAUGGUAAUGGUAAUGAUAGUGCUAAUAGUAAUGAUAAAGUAUAUGGUGGUGGUAAUAGUAAUGGUAAUGGUAACGAUGGAACGAUAAAGCAAAUCGCAAUGGUAUUGAUAAUUGUAAUGGUAAUGGUAACGGUAAUAGUGAUGGUCAUGGAAAUGGUAUUAGUAAUGAUAAUUGUAAUAAUAAUUGUAAUGGUAAUAAAUAAAGGUAAUGGCAAUAGUAAUGGCAUUUGCAAUGGUAACGAUAAAUUUUAA